AUGGAGGCUUUCCCCUGGGCGCCCCACUCGCCCCGCCGCGGCCGCGCCCCCCCGCCCAUGGCGCUCGUGCCCAGCGCCCGCUACGUGAGCGCCCAGGGCCCAGCGCACCCGCAGCCCUUCAGCUCGUGGAACGACUAUCUGGGGCUCGCCACGCUCAUCACCAAGGCGGUGGACGGCGAGCAACGCUUUGGUUGCACCCGCGGAGAAGACAGAGACGGCGGCGGCUGCUCCCCGCCCUCCUCUUCCUCCUCGUCCUGCUGCUCCCCUCAUGCCGGGACCGGGCCCGGUGCGCUGAGGCCGGUACUGGGGCCGCCGGACUACGAAGAGGACGACGACGACGACGACAGCGACGAGCCGGGGUGCCGGGCCCGCUACCUGGGGGGCGCGCUGGAGCUGUGCGCAGGCCCCGCUGAGGCCGGGCUGCUCGAGGAGCGCUUCGCCGAGCUGAGCCCGUUCGCCGGUCGCGCCGCCGCGGUGCUGCUGGGCUGCGCGCCCGCCGCUGCAGCCACCGGUGAGGUGACGCCGCGCGAGGAACGGGCGCCGGCGUGGGCGGCCGAGCCCCGGCUGCACGCAGCCUCCGGGGCGACAGCUGCCCGGCUCCUCAAGCCUGAGCUGCAGGUGUGCGUGUUUUGCCGGAACAACAAGGAGGCAGUGGCGCUCUACACCACCCACAUCCUGAAGGGACCCGACGGGCGGGUGCUGUGCCCCGUGCUGCGCCGCUACACGUGUCCCCUGUGCGGCGCCAGCGGCGACAACGCGCACACCAUCAAGUACUGCCCGCUCUCUAAAGUGCCGCCGCCGCCCACCGCCCGGCCGCCCCCGCGGAGCACCAGGGACUCCCUGCCAGGGAAGAAGCUGCGCUGAGCCGGGCCUGCUGCCACCUGACGCCACCAGGGUCACCGCCUGCCCACUCUCAUUUUUGGUCUGCGCACUCUCUCUUCCUUGCUGUUGGGGAGGCGUGCAGCUCAACAGUUGCUUCAACUUGGGGUGUCGUCUUGGUUUUUUCAAAGCAAGCCGGCCGUUCGGAGUACUGCGGUUUGAGUCAAGACGCUAAGAUCUUGAUUUAUCUCUAGUUUCUAGUUUGUGCACAUCCGGACAGUGAAGGCUGUGUGUUUCCACUAACUGAAAUAUGGCAACUUAGAGCCGCUGUUUAUUUACUGUACACGUCGACCUAUUUUAGAUGCUCAUCAGUAUGAAAUUGUCUCAAUCUAAUCUUGGAUGUUUAAUUUUAUUAAUGGAGGCACUUUACUAGGUCUAGAAUAUUUUUUUAAAAGCCUCUUAAUUGAAUUUAAAACUGAUUUUAUGGAACGUAGGCAAAAUGACUUUUAUUGUUUGAAACAUUUUUUAGUUGUCCUUAAUCAGUUAUUAUAAUUCCAGGUGAAGCAAGCCCCUGGCAGCAUCAGUCUUGAGAAGUGAAGAUUUAGUAAACUUCAGUAUUAAUUUGAGGGGGUAUUCCCUCCUUGUGGCUUGUUUCUGUCCUAGCUGGAGGUAUAAAAACGCACAAUCUGUAGCAGGUAGAAUACAGUUUAUUCUCUUA